AUGCUUACUAUAUACAGUCGGCCAAGUCGUGAGUUGUGGUUUUUUCGGCACAAGUUCCAGCAAUUCUUUUGUUCGGCUAUGUCGUUGUCAUCAGAGUUUCUUCCAGUUUUGGGCAUUGAAACAAGAGAGGAAUAUACAGUUUGUGAAAAUAUUGUAAAGGUAUCAAUGUACUCUGUAUUUAGCUGUGACGAUACUGCAGUUAGCAUUGUAACGGAUCGUAUCCUUAGCAGUCGCCAGUUUUCUGAUCGUGUGACUCAAGUACGUCUUGGUGGUAUCUGCCCCUCGGUGUCUGCCCUACAGCAUCGCAAUUUGCUGCCUUGUCUAAUUCAAGAGUGCCUUUAUGAAUGUAACCUUCGUUUAAAUGAUCUGAACGGAAUAGCAGUAACUUCUAGACCGGGACUUGUUGUCACUUUGAAAGCAGGGAUUAUGCAAGCUAUAGGUUUGGCAAGGAGAGGAUUCUUAUCGUUAGUUGGUGUUCAUCAUAUGCAAGCGCAUGCGACUGUUGCAACUCUUUGCAAAAACACAAUUAGAUAUCCAUUCAUAGCAUUUUUGGUUUCUGGUGGCCAUUCACUUAUUUCUGUAGCUAAUGGUCCAGAAAAAUUCGAGCUUUACGGACAAAGCAUAUGCGGAAGCUGUGGAGAAUGUUUAGACAAAGUAACUCGAGCUUUGUUAAGAAAAAUGAACAUUAAAGAAGAAAGGCAUUUUGGUUCUGUUCUGGAAGAUAUGGCUGGUAGGAGCAGAAACGAAGGCUCUUUGAAAUAUCGUAUUACUAUGCCGUCUUCAAAUGGGGCAAAUUUUGACUUUGGAUCAAUCAAAAGUCGGUAUUUGUUCCUGCUGGAAAAGUUGUAUAACCAAGAGGAUUUCGAUCCUGAAUCAUUUUGCGCGAGUGUACAGCACUGUGUCGCUGGAUACUUGGCUGGUAGGCUGCACAACUUCCUUGAGUAUCUUUCCGAAUCAGGCAAGCUUGACAGUAUGGACCGAACGAUAGUUUUAGCUGGUGGAGUAGCAUCAAAUCAAUAUAUUUUAAAAAUGCUUCAACUAGUUGCCAGUUUUUAUGGCUUCAAUGUAUUUUCUCCUCCUCCUUCGCUGUGUACAGAUAAUGCGGUUAUGAUAGCUUGGAAUGGUUCGCUUCUUAUUCGUAACGGGAGUCGUUCCGUUUAUCCUUACGAAAAUCUACCCAUUACACUGUAUGCAGAAUCACGUUCACCUAUAGGUCCCGAUAUGACUUUCCUAGUUCCUCGUCAUCCGAGAAGAAAACUUUCAGUUAAAUAUCUCGCUGAGAACAAAGUUGUUUUCUAUAAUAAAUCACAUGCUUAA